AUGAAAUUUAAUUCAAUCCUUGUUGUGUUAGCUUUCUUAGCUUCAACUACUGUUGCGGCUCCCUUCGAUAAGAAGGACGCAAGUCCUGAAGCCAACAGAGAAAAACGUGAACCUGAAGCCAACCGACAGAAACGUGAACCAGAACCUAACCGACAAAAACCCAACCGACAGAAACGCGAACCAGAAGCCAACCGACAGAAACGCGAACCAGAAGCCAACCGACAGAAACGCGAACCAGAAGCCAACCGAGAGAAACGCGAACCAGAAGCCAACCGAGAGAAACGCGAACCAGAAGCCAACCGAGAGAAACGUGAACCAGAAGCCAAUCGACAAAAACAAACGUGA